UCAUUUUGUGAAGAAUGUUUAGAUGGAUGGAUGCAGGCUGAAAGGGACAGUAGAAAAAAUACCUUUCCCUGCCCAGUAUGUAAAUGUGAAAUAGACAUUCCAAAUGGAGGUGCGAACUCAUAUAGGACUAACUUCACCAUGAAGUCAAUGGCUGAAGUUCUGGAGAAAACCAAGAAACAACUAAAUAAAUCUAGCAUAAACUGUAACAUCUGUGCACAGGGUGAUGAACUUAUAAUUGCUGUAGCCAGAUGUAUUGAAUGUGCUGACUAUUUGUGUGACACUUGCAAUAAAUCUCAUGGCAGAAUGAAAUUGUCGAACUCUCACAAGUGUGUUAAACUAACAGGGGAUAUUGAGAAGGAUUACAAGAUGGCUAUAGAUAAUCUGGCUCAGAGGAAUAUUGAUUGUACCGAGCACAACAACCAGCCCCUGAAGUUCUACUGUAAGACAGACAAAACUGUUGUAUGCACAGAUUGUUGGAAUUUUAAUCAUAAUGGACAUAACUGUGUAAAAAUUGAAGAUGUGGCAGAAGAAGAAAUACAAAAUGCAUUUGCAUCGAUUGGACAAAGGAAAGAUUUCCUUGAAAAUCAAGCUAAAAUGUCAUAUGAUUUGACUGACACUCAACAGCAAAAACUGGAAAAAAUCCUAAGUUCAAUACAAUCAGAUUGCAGAGCUAUGAUAAAAGAACUUGAAAAAUACUUUAAUAAACUACAAAGUAAAGCCAAGAAGGCUCACAAAACCAUAAUAGAACAGAUUCAAUCUCAAAGAAGUGAUAUAGAACUGGAGAGGGGGGACACUGAGAGAACAUUACAUUACAUGACCUCACUACAAAAAUAUGGCCAUCCUGUUGAGAUAGUUAACUCAAGUGCUGAUAUCAAGCAAAAACUACAAGAUUGGAGCUCAAAGCUUUUAAGUGCAGACUUUGAACAUCAUGAAAAAUCUCUAGACAUGGGUUCAUACCAACCUGGCCACUUGGACAUAUCUAAACUGAGACAAUUUCUCACAUCUCAUGAUGAAACAAGUGUCAAAACUUCAGCGACAUCUUUACAAAGUAAAAGAAGUCAACUUGGCCCUUUGAGUGUACCUAAAGCGAGGCGAGUGCUCCCAUCUACUGAUAAGGAAGAAGAUAUCUCUACUGACACCAUUCCAUUCA